AUGAGCGUCAGCAAAUUGGCAGAGUUCGGCACCAAGCACGUGGCUCGUGGAAUCGGUCGUCUCUCUAACCAUGUCCUCGAGAGCGGCGCGGGCAGCUACGUAACGACGACCGAGGGUCGCAAGAUGCUCGAUUUCACCAGCGGUAUUGGAGUCACGAACUUGGGUCAUUGUCAUCCCGCCGUGACGAAAGCAGCACAGAAGCAAGUCGGCACACUCGUCCACGGUCAAGUGAACAUUGCUUUCCAGAAGCCUUAUCUGGAGCUCGUUGAAUCGCUUAUUCCUUUGAUGCCACACAAAUCGCUCGACACUUUCUUCUUCUGGAACUCAGGAUCCGAGGCUGUCGAAGCAGCAGUGAAGUUGGCCAGACACGCAACCAAGAAGCAGAACGUUAUUGUCAUGCAAGGAUCUUACCACGGACGCACAUUCGGAACCAUGGCCAUGACCCGAUCAAAAACUAUCUAUGGCGAGAAUUACGCGCCUUUGAUGCCUGGUGUUUUCUCAGUACCCUUCCCUUACUGCAAGCAAUGCUCAAUCUCACACAGCACCGACGGCAAGUUCGGUUUCGACAACUGCUGUAUGGACCCCGUUUUGCAGCUGGAGUUGCUGUUGAAGCGCGAGACUGCUCCUUCAGACACAGCAGCCAUCUUCGUUGAGCCCGUUCUUGGCGAGGGUGGUUAUGUUCCUCCACCUGCUGGCUACCUUGCAGCUCUCCGCAAGAUCUGUGACAAGCACAACAUCCUGCUUGUCUGUGAUGAGGUCCAGUGCGGGUUCGGAAGAACCGGAAAGAUGUUUGCUGUUGAGCACUGGGAUGUCAGACCCGACAUUCUCAUCAUGGCCAAGGGUAUUGCCAACGGAUUCCCGCUUUCAGGCAUUGCCUCGCGCAAGGAGCUCAUGGACAAGCAAAACCCCGGAAGCAUGGGCGGUACUUACGCUGGUAACGCAGUCUCAUGUGCUGCUGGUGUCGCAGUCGCCAAGGCCUUCAAGGAGGAGAAGAUCUUGGAUAACGUCAACGCUCGUGGCGCAGAGUUGAAGAGCGCUCUCCAGGCAGCCUGGAAGGACUCCAAGACUGGAAAGCUCAUCUACGAUGUUCGCGGUCUCGGUCUCAUGUUGGCACUUGAGUGCACACCUGGCAAGGGCUACGCUUCGAAGAUCCAGGCCAAGUGCAUGGAGAAGAACAUGCUCGUCUUGACCACAUCCAUCUACGACACUCUUCGUUUCAUCCCUCCAUUGAACAUUACCAAGGAGGACAUGGCUCAUGGUAUCCAGAUCAUCACAGACGCCAUCAAGGAGGUUGCUGCUGGUGAAGAUCCCCAAGAAACAGCGACCAAGGGUCAGGCUCCUGAGUAG